UUUAUUCCUUUCUCGCCCUUGUUCUUGAGCCAGCGAGUCCUUUCCUGAAACUAUAUCUUUUUCUGGUUUUUUUGUUCUCCUUUUCCCUCUGAAACGCAAUAUGUAAUGUCCCUCUCUCUCUCUCUCUCUUUCUCUCUCCCCCCCCGUCUUUACUCUGCCUUUCUUAGGCUUUGCCAAAACGAGACAAGUCUCUCCUGUCUUGAUUCUCCUUGCUCCUUCUGUUUCACUAUAUUCGCGGUUUAGAGGGCCUAUUUCCCAUUUUGUCAUAUUUUUUUUUUGCCUUUCCCCCCUCGUGGAUUUAUUAUGCUUUUUCCCAUUUUUGUGGGUGGGAGCUUGAAGGAGAUAAGAGAGGAUAGGGAGCAGUUGAAUGUUGCUAAAACAUAACAUUUCAGUAGUGUUUGUGGUCUCCGAGCAAAGAGAUUGAUACAUCAAGCAUCCAAAGAAAAAAAAAAUCAUCCCUUCUCUCUCUCUUUUUGUGUGAUGUGCAUGAUUUUGGCCCUGUACGCAGUUUGGGGUUUCUGGGUAACUUCCAUUUCCGUGUAUAGCGAGAGAGGAACUCUCGUCUUGGCCUCAGGAGCAAGACUUUUCUUCAGCAGCAGCAAAUUUUCGCGUAUCUUAGGAGCAUGGCGAGAGGCAAAAUUCAGAUGAAGCGAAUAGAGAAUGCAACGAGCAGGCAAGCCACCUUCUCGAAGCGCCGGAACGGGCUGAUGAAGAAGGCUUUCGAGCUGUCGGUUUUAUGCGAUGCUGAAGUCGCAGUCAUCAUCUUCUCUCAAAGAGGAAGACUUUAUGAGUUCUCAAGCUCCAAGUACGUCUCAAACACUUCGUUCACAUCCAGCAUGCAAAAAACGAUAGAGCGAUAUCAUCAAUAUGCAAAAGAAGAUACGGGAAAAAAGGCCAGCAUGGAGCAAUAUAUGCUGCAUCUGAAGCAUGAGGCUGCCGACAUGUCAAGGAAAAUUGAACUCCUUGAAGCCUCAAAACGGAAGUUUUUGGGACAAGGUUUGGAAUCCUGCUCAGUUGAUGAACUUCAGGAGAUCAGUGUUCAGUUGGAGCGAAGCUUGAGCACUAUCAGAGUGAAAAAGGACCAAUUAUUCAAGGAGCAAAUCGAACAACUUAAAGCAAAGGAGGUGUUUCUAAUAGAAGAAAAUUCAAGAUUGUGCGAGAAGUACGGUGAGAAGGGAAUGCCAUGGCAGUCUACAUCAUCAGUCCAACCAAAAGAAGCACGAAUUCACAGUCUAAGCAGCGGAAGUACAGAUGUUGAGACCGAGUUGUUCAUUGGGCUGCCUGAAAUGCGCUGCUGAUUUUUUAUACAAAGGAAUAAUUGAAGAGCAAGCAGUUAGAUUAUUCAUCUUGCUGACUUCGCAAGGCCAGGCGCUCCAAUAAACCAUGCAGGAUAACCUUUUGUCUUCCCUUUUCAAGCUUUGAGUACCGUCCCCCUCAGUCAAGAUCGUUGCGUGUAAUAUUCUUUCUUUUAGGCCCUGUAAACGUACUUGAUCUCAUAAGAAGCGAAGAGAGUGUCGAUCGCUUUCAGAGGUAUUUUCUUUCUGAGUUGCAAUGCUUAGUGCAUUCAUAAGCAUGGCCAGGUUGUAUCCACGACCAAGAACUAGAAACGCAUGGGCUCGGCCUAAUCGAAUGUAGAAUUGGGCCUGGUGAAACGCUUCAACCUGGACUCAUCUGGGCUUUUUCAUGAAUAGAAGGUGAGUGGGAAUCUAAUUAA